AAGUAUUUAAGAGUAUAAGUAUUUAGAAGUACAACCUGUUGAAAAUAAUGACGUCAUAAAAGGUUCCAAUUUGUAGCGUCAAAUGACGUAAUAUAAUGACGUCAUUUAACGUCAUUUAAUGACGUCAGUCAAUGAUGUAGUGUCAAGAUGGCGGGAGAGAAAGGUCCUCCCGACAAAGGCUCCAAGAGUUUCCUAAAAUGUCAUGACCAAAAUGAAGUAUCUACAGUCAUUUGCAUAAUAUGUGAUAGUGCUUUCCAUCAGAGUUGUGCCAGACAAAAAAAAUUAAAAUUCAUCAGUGAGAGACUAAUUAUCUGCCAAGAUCAUCCGAAUCUAACCUCAAAAGUAGAUGAGAAUGUACUCAGUGAGUCAGCAAGGUCGCUGAUUGCAACCGUCAAACUAAAACAAUCUGAAGAGAUUAGGAAAGAAGUCAGAAAGGAAAUUCUGGAAGAUUUAUCAAACAAAUCUGUUGAACUAAACUCCACAUUUAGAGAUUUUGAGGCGGAAUGCGACCACGUUCACAAAGAGAAUGAACUCUUGCGUCAACUAAACAAAGAACUGGAUGAGAAAAAUGCAAUGCUGCGUGAUUUGCUUAGUCAAUCUACUACUAAACAGGUGAAUAUUCAAGAGAGUAUCAAGACUUAUGCGGAGAUAACCGGUAGCUCCAAACAACUACCUAAGCGUAUACCGAAAAUCAUUAUUAAACCAGAAGGUGAAACCUCGAAAAGUGUGAUAAAGAACAACAUCACAAAGUGUCUGUUCAACGAGAAAAGCAUUCAAACGAAUGAUGUUUACUGCUUGAAGAAUAGUAAUCAAAUCAUGGUCAAAUGCCUAGAUGAGGCUAGUGUUAUCAAAACUGAAAGUUUACUGAAAGCAAAUUUUGAAGACAUUUGUGAGGUCAAGCUGGAACAACUAAACAAUCCUAAAAUCAAAAUUGUUGGUAUAGCUAAUGUAUCUAAUAUGGACAUGAAAGGAAUCGAGGACGACAUUAAUACCAGAAACUUUGCCAACUUUGAAACCAAAGCUAGACUACUGUACAUGUACUCCAACAGCAAAACUAACCUCACUAGUGUUCUAGUUGAAGUCACUCCUGACAUUUAUAGAUCUAUACGAGAUAGAAAUAAUAAAAUCUUUGUGGGAUGGCAAAGUUGCAGAGUUUAUGACCUGAUAAACAUUAAACCUUGCAUGAAAUGUGCUAGAUUCGGUCACAAUACAGCUAAAUGCAUGAAUGAAACCACCUGUCUCAGAUGCUCACAAGCACACAAAACCACAAGCUGUAAAAACCCAGCUCUGGCAUGUCCGAACUGCUAUUACAUCAAUCGCAAAUAUGCAACAGAUCUCAACAUCAAUCAUGAUGCUAUGGACUCAAAUCAAUGUCACAUUUUUAAAAACAAAAUAAAAAAAUACAUUGAUUCAACUGAUUAUCCUGUCAAACCUAGGUUACCGACAGUCAAACCUAUGCCGAUAUAUUACCAAGAGGAGGCAAUCGAGAAUGUUUAUGAAGAAAGUGAUGGUAUGAGUGACACUGAUCGCUCAAUACGUGCGUCUUGGGUAACAGUCAAACAAGAAGUCCCGCGCCGCGCCGACCGCUUCGGCGAUGCGCGCUCUCUCCGCUUCGGCCCGGCCAAUCAGCGCGCGCGACUCGGCCAGUCCCCACGACCGCGCUGAACUCGCGCCCCGACUAGCCUGGAAUUGGGCUAGUGGCCGUCGAUACGACCCCUUCCUCAAACGGCUCGAUUCCCCGCUUACGCUCUCCCCUACGUUGCUCGGCACACGUACCCGCACACUCUCGCUACAGAUUUCCGCGAAUUCUCCGGACGCAGCCGGAGUUACAAGUGUUCCGCGAACUCUCUCACACUCUUCUUCUCCUCAAAAUCCGCUGCUUCCCUGAAGCCUUGUCGUCGCUCCUUGUCCACCGGCUUCCUAGAUUUCUCGCACCACACUCGCACGAGAAAAACAAGAAAACACACACGUUAGCUCAAAUCGCGCACAUGACACAGAGCCCGCCGAAGGACACGGCUCACGACGAGUCGCCUCGUCGCAAUUUUAAAUGUAUUUAUGAUAUAACUUUAUUUUGAUAGAUAUGCUUCAAAAUGUAUCUAAAAAAUUAGGAGAAGUUUUAACAAAACAAACCAAUCUUGAAACUAGACUAAGCACAAUCGAAGAGCUCUUGAGAUCAGGUGGCAGAAGUGCUGCUUCUAGUACUGCUGGACAAGCGUUAUUAAAAAAUAUGGCGAAGUAUUUUCCUGUGGAUGGUAUUGAUAACAAAUUGGAAACGGUCGAAUCAAUGUUACGAAAGGAUAAACGUUUUUUUAACGCUGCUGUUGUAGCGAGAUCUGCUAUAUAUCGACCAUUGAGACGUUGCGUUCAUGCAUCUUUGGCUGAUGGCGACUACUUUCUGAUUCCUGAUGAUUUUGCAGCACAAUCAUAUAAUUUUUUUAUUUUACUUCAAUAAGGUAUAAUAACUUAAGCUGUAAAGGUGGGAGAUAUACGAUGUUGACACUCAUUGAUUUAGCUAACAUCUACAAAAAUAUGGAAGAAAUAUUUUUUUUCGUAGAAUGGAUGCUACGUGUCAACUUUUUACUUCACUAAAUUAGUACAUUAUGGUACAACUGUCGUAUGUGGUAUUUUCUGGUAGGGCGAGUUAAGCACGCUCGCUGCGCUCGGGCGCUUACGUCGUGCCAGCAAAUAUCACAUACGACACGAGUAUCGUACAAUAUUUUAUACCAUCGCCUUCUUUAAAUCCGCUAAGACACGCUUUUCCGUACCGUUACAGUUCUUUAUGGCACCGUGAGGUUAGCAUCCGAGAGUAGCGAGGGUGAUAAGCACGGUGCCAGGAAUUACUACUUACAACACGGAAAAAGCGUAUCUUAAAUGCGGAUUUGAGUUACGCCGUGCUAUAAUAGUACAUUACAAUACAAAUGUCGUACGUGGCACUCUCUAGCACGGUGAGUUAAGCGCCCAGCGCAGUGAGGGCGCUUUACUCGCCGUGCUAGACAAUGUCACACAACACGCGUAUCGUACAAUAUUUUAUGAUUUUGAAUAAUAUAUAUUUUAUAGCAUCGCCUGCCUUAAAUCCGCCAAGACACGCUUUUCCGUGUCAUAUUAGUAUAUUGUGUACCAAGGGCGUAAAGUGGGCUUUUUUAGGCCGA